AUGAAAAAUCAACAGUGUGCUGAGUUCCAAUCUGCACAUUUACUAUGGGGUACAAAUCUCCAAGUUCGAUUUCUUCUGUUUCCCUUUUCCAAUCCCAGCUGUGGACAGCUGCUUUCACAACAGGAGGACAUCCAGGAGGCCGGAUUCAAUGCCAGCUUGGGAACUAAGAUAAUCAUUCAUGGUUUCAGGGCACUAGGCACCAAACCGUCAUGGAUAAAUGCACUAAUUCAAGCCUUCCUAGAGGUAGCCAGAGUCAACGUGAUUGCUGUAGACUGGGUUCAGGGAGCCACAGCAGCCUAUCCUACUGCAGUGGAAAAUGUUAUGAAAUUGGGACUGGAAAUUUCUAGUUUUAUCCGCAAGUUACUGGCUGUGGGGGUGCCAGAAUCAUCCAUCCAUCUUAUUGGGGUGAGCCUUGGAGCACACGUUGGGGGCCUGGUGGGCCAAUUCUAUGAAGGCCACCUUGGAAGAAUUACUG